ACAACUGAGCGCGAGGCAUCAGAAGAGUCCGACUACCGGCACGCGCAGCUGAACUCACCUGGACUAAACCACUGUAUCUGAGAGCACCUGAACGCACCAUGGACGCAUGGACCAGGACACUGUGUGCGGCGGUUUGGAUGUGUGUGCGCAUGUGUGUGUGCGCACAGUCUGCGUCCGACUCUUUUCCCAGAGCGCAGAACGUGACCUGGAAGUCGACCAACUUUAAAACGGUUCUGACCUGGGAACCCGAACCUUCGGCCCAUUACUCCUACACCGUAGAGUUCUCUCAGGUGGGCAGGGACCGUCAGAAGAACCCCCACUGCUUCCGUUCGUCUAAAACUCAGUGUGACCUCAGCAGUUCUCUGACCGACCUCAGCGUCUGCUACACAGCCGACGUCCUGUCCGAACCGCCGCUGGGCGUGACCUCUGAACUCACCGAGUUCCCCCACACCAGGUCACCACGAUUCUGCCCCAUGGAAGACACUGACAUCCUCAGACCAGACUUUAAGCUUCAUGUGAGUGAGGACAAGAGGAAGACCACCCUGUACGUGUCCGACCCCCUCACCGCCAUCUUCAAAGAUGGCCGCCAGCUGACCAUCAGGGACGUGUUCGGCGAGCGGCUGGAGUACAAAGUCACGUACCGCAGGAACCAGAGCACGGGAAAGAAAGUCUACAACUCCAAGAGCAACGUGGUGGAGCUGACGGAUCUGGACCGAGGAGACAGCUACUGCUUCCAGGUCCAGGCUUUGAUCCGCGACCGAAGACCGGACAAACAGCUGGGAGAGCUGAGCCGGACGCUGUGUUCCCAUGACGACGACCCCUCCAUCCUGGAAGUGUACUCAGUGGGUGUGAUCGCUGGUGCCAUCUUCAUCAUCCUCCUCCUCAUCGGCGUCAUCAUCGCAGUCACAGUCAUUUGUUGCAAACGCAGGAAGAAGACUCUGAAAAAAGAAAAAGAAGGAGUUCCACUGAAUACAGUCUGAGAAGUGUGUGUGUGUGUGUGUGUGUGCGUGCGUGCGUGUGUGCGUGUGCGUGCGUGUGUGUGUGUGUGCGUGUGUGUGUGCGUGUGCGUGCGUGUGUGUGCGUGUGCGUGCGUGCGUGUGUGUGUGUGUGUUGAACACUACAGUUCAGUCCUUCCUAUAGUUUCUGUGAAACUGGUUUUAAAUUCCUGCUGUUUUGCUUCUGGAUCGUUUCCUGCUGCAGAAACAGUCUGUGUGACUGUGGGUUCGAAGGGUUGGCGGUUCGAAUCCUGGCUCAGACUGGUCCACAUGUGGAAGUGCCCUUGGGCAGGACACUGAACCCUAAAAGUCUCCCAGUGGGACCAGUAUGGCAGCAGCUGUCCACUGGUGUGAGUGAAUGGCAGGUGUGUGAAGGCUUCAGACACAGGUCCAGUGUGUGAAAGCAGCGUACGGAGCAGACCUGAACGUGUUCUGGAGGAAAAGCUGAACCUUCUGCUGAACCUUCUGCUGUAUGUGACGCACCGACGCCUUCUGUCCUCUGGAAACAUCUGGACCUGCUGCUUUUAUUUAUUCAGUCUUUUUUUUAUUCUCUAACUUAAACUUGGUGGAAGCUCUACUUUAUGGGAAUCAAGACCUAGUAUAUUUUAUUUUUCUAUCAGAUGGUUAAUUUAUUAUUUUUGUCUGAAAUUAACAUGUUUUAACUUCAGAUCUGAGAUUCUGUUGGUAUUUGGUUAAAAUCUGUAAAGAAUAAAUGUUUGACACAACAUGAA